AUGUUGGGCAUCACCAUCCUCACUGUGCUCCUGGCCUGCGCCUCCAGCUGCGGGGUCCCCAGCGUCCAGCCCAACCUAUCGGCUCGGGUGGUGGGGGGAGAGAACGCCGAGCCCCACAGCUGGCCCUGGCAGAUCUCCCUCCAGUACCUCAAGAACGACACAUGGAGGCACACAUGCGGCGGCACCUUGAUUGCCAGCAACUUCGUCCUCACCGCUGCCCACUGCAUCAGCAACACCCUGACCUACCGCGUGGGCCUGGGGAAGAACAACCUGGAGGUGGAAGACGAGGCGGGCUCCCUGUUUGUGGCUGUCGACACCAUCUACGUCCACGAGAAGUGGAACUCCUUCCUGUUGCGCAACGACAUUGCCCUCAUCAAGCUGGCAGAGCAUGUGGAGCUGAGUGACACCAUCCAGUUGGCCUGCCUGCCGGAGGAGGACUCCCUGCUGCCUCAGGAUUACCCCUGCUACGUCACCGGCUGGGGCCGCCUCUGGACCAACGGCCCCAUCGCCGACGAGCUGCAGCAGGGCCUGCAGCCUGUGGUGGAUCACGCCACGUGCGCCGAGAGGGACUGGUGGGGGUCCAGGGUGAAGGACACCAUGGUGUGCGCCGGGGGCGACGGCGUCACCUCAGCCUGCAACGGGGACUCGGGCGGCCCGCUGAACUGCCAGGCUGAGAACGGAUCCUGGGAGGUGUUUGGCAUCGUCAGCUUUGGCUCCGGGCUGGGCUGCAACACCCUCAAGAAGCCCACAGUCUUCACCCGGGUGUCUGCCUACAUCAGCUGGAUCAACCAGAAAACGCAGCUGUGAUUUGUCCUUGGGAGCCACCGCAGCAAGUCCCUGCAACGAAAAUAAACCUCCUUCCCC